AGGUUAAUUUUUAUUUUAUUUAUUAAUAUUGUAGUUUAUAAUAAUUUUAAAAAAUGCAGAACGAAGAAAAAAUGUUAAACACAGCAUUGGAAGCAAUGAUAAUGCGAGUAUAUGAUUUAAAAAAUUCAAUAGCAGCAAUGUUGUUGAAAUUAGAGCACGAAUAUGAAACAUUAAAUUGGCCAACUUUUCUUGAUAAUUUUGCAUUAAUUGCCGGUCAUUUAACAAGUUUGUCAAAGCUGUUGUCGCAUGAUAAAGCUCCAAAUUUAAGAAACUUGACAGUACUCCCGUUAUUACUGAGCCCAGAAAAAGAUGACGAUUUAAUAAAAAUGACUGAAGGAAGAAUCACAACAUUUGCUCAUGAUUUGGUACCCAAUUAUUUAAGAACAAAACCAGAGCCCCAAGCUGAACAAAAAAUGAUUCAAUUGGAGCACAAAGCUGCCAAUUUAGCUUUUGACGCUUCUCAAGACUGCAAUAAACAAAUCGCGCAAUACACUAAAUGUAUCACUCAAGUUUAUGAUAUUGCUGAAAAAGCUCGAGAGGAAUGGGAAAGUGAAGCUACUUCACGAACAAAUCAAACUCAAACCAGUAAUAAUAAUGAUACUCAAGCAUUAGUAGCUGCUGUUGGAUUGGGAAAAGGACUUAAGAAUGAGACUGUACAAAUGGUUCAAUCCGGUGUUAAUCCUGGUUCUUCAAAUAUGAUGGUUGGAAGACCUGGUAGUCAACCUGGAGCUGGUGGCCAAGUUGGACAAAUGGGAAAAGCUCCAAGUACAAUAAAAACAAAUAUAAAAGCCGCGUCACAACAACAAAUUCAUCCUUACGCUCGAUAAUAAUAAUAAAGGACACCGUCAUUUAACAGCAACAGUAGCAUAACAUCUUGGAGAAAUGAUAUUACUUAAAACGGCAAUUAUUUCUGCUGAGUAAUUUUGCUCAAUUAACCAAUAAUACCGAUCAUAUAAAACCAAUGAUUCCGCUGGGGCUUGUAAUAAUAAUUGUAAUCCAGUGUAAAUUUCUACAAUACUCAAUUUCGAUUCAUUAAACUUCCAUAAAUUUUU